AUGGCAGCCGAUAAUCAGAAAAAGCGGUUAAAUGCUACCAGCUUUGUUGGAUGUACUUCUCGCCAACUACGCCAGGUGAAAAGGAAGAAAAUGGGAUCACCACAGUAUGAUCUGAACAUGAGAGCUAACAUCUUUCUUGAGUGGGAUAACAAGAAAAAGAGUGUUGUUUCCAAGAGGGAGCAGAUUGGCAUUGCUGAAAGACACUUAAUUCCAUUUAUGGAGGCAGGUGCUCAUGGCCUUAACUUUUUGGCUGAUGUAAUUUCUGUUCCUCAGGAGAUAUUUGAGUUGGAAAGUCUAUCUGAGGUGUUCUCAUAUGAGGUCUGGCAGAACCAUUUAUCUGAAGAUGAACGAAGUCUUCUAUCGCAACUUCUACCUAAAGGAGCUGAGUCAGAUAAUAUUGUUCAAGACUUGCUUGCAGGGAUUAAUUUUCACUUUGGAAAUCCUUUAAAGAAAUGGGGCUCAUCUCUUUGUUUUGGGAAACUUCAUCCUGAUAACAUUAUUCAUGAGGAACAGUCUCUCAAGACCAGUAAGAAGGCAUACUAUUCGGACUUGCAGAAGUAUCAUGACGACAUGAUUGGGAAUUUGCGGACGUGGAAGGAAAAAUUGGCCACCUGCAAGGAUCCUGAGGACGUUGUGCAGAAAAUUUGGAGGGCUAGGAAGCAUGCUGACAAAGCAUACAGCAGUGACAAUCAGAACAUGGUGAUGAUGCUUGGAAAAUCUAAAAAGAGAAGAGGCUUCUUGGACAAAAAUCAUGAUUCUUCCAAUGGCUUAAAGGCUGUUGAAUGGCCCAAAAAGGGAGAAAAGCUCCAAAAGCGCAAUAUCCAGCAUGGUGAUGGUGCCAAAUACAUGUCUUACAUAAAGAUCAGCAAAGAACAGCAUCAACGUGUCAAGAGUAGUAUGAAGCAUUCUAGUAAUAGCAUCAAGCCUAGGUCUCUGAAUAAUGUUUUAGGUAACAUUGAUGCACUCCGUGUACAACCAUUUGAGGUAUUUGAGGAGGAAGAAAGAAAGAAGCUUCAUUAUUAUUGGUUGGAAUUGGUAAAUAAAAAUGUCCCAGAAGGUUUUGGUAUCUGGAGGAAGAGACAAUUGCAGAGACAACAGUUAACACAGUCCUUGAGUCAAGAAAUGAGACAAAAAUUAAGUUGUCAAGAGUCUACUCUGGAUGAAGAGAAAGAUGAUUCUCACGAGCAGCUGCAUGAGCCACCAGAUGAUAGCGAAGAAGAAAUUAUACCUGCAAUGACAGUCAAGGAUGAGGAGAAAGAGGGCUGCUUACUUCAGAAGCCAAUAGAUAAUGGAGAAGCAAACUGUGAUAUGGCUGUGACUACAGAGGUUGACGAGGAAAAGAAGACCGGUUAUGCAUUUAAUGAGCAAACACCUAAAGAUACAGAACUUUCUGAAGAUGAUAAUGAUGACUCCAGCCAUGUUUUUAUUGAGGAUCAGCAUCAACAGCAGCAGUUGGAUUCGCCUAAUGAUGGUAGCUUCCAGUUCAACUCGAUGGAGAUGGAAUCCCUUGGAAAUGAUUUAAUUGCAAAGACAGAUGAAGUUCCUUCAAUAAUGUCAGAGUACCCUGGAAAUCUGAACCACGUGGAUGUUCCUGUUAGUCAGCAGGAUCCUCACCCAACUACGAGGAAUGUCUGGACAGCAGGUAACAUGCACGGCUCUUAUUAUUGUUCUACUUCUGCAAGUGAUGAAUAUGCCUCUGCUGGUGAGUUGUCACUUGGCCAUCCGCAGUUUAUAGAGGAGCAACCGGUACAAAUGAUAGAUUUGGAAGCAACGAGGGGUAAGGAUGUAGGGAAGAAUCCGUUGCACAGACAAACUGAUGAUGUGUCCUUUUUUACUUCUUACCCAAACAAAGCUCGAAAUGAACUACUUCAGUCUUUCUUCAAGAACCAGGGCAGUUUACCCAGCCAUCAUGAGCAAAAACAGCUGGGGUUAGAUUUCAGGCCAGCGCCCAAUCUAAUGAUGGAGGGUGGUCAAUUUUCUGGGCAUUUCAGGGAACAGGUUUAUCCAUCACUUGCUUUGGACCCCGGGCAGAAGAGACUGAAUGAUCUUUACUUGCAUCAGAACAUUCAGGAGAGUGUGUUUUCUGAUGCAGGUCGAUAUUCUAUGCAGAAGCAAGAGAACUUGACAGUCAAUAUUCAUGAUUGGGCUCCUCUAUCUCAUAUGAAUGGAGAGCUGAGUCAGAAUUGGUUUCAAAGUGAGCAUGGGGUUGGUGGUGGCUGGUCAAUGGGUGCUGUUAGUGGGACCCAUAGCGUAGGCAGUGGAAGUAACUCGGAUCAGACCUUAUACAGUGUUGUAUCCAAAUGUAAUGAACUGCGUCCUAGUGCCACUUAUGAUCCAAUGGGGUCUGCGGAACGGUUCAUUGUGCCUGGAAAUGGUAGUGGAAUGGAUGGCGGAAUUCCUACAAGCAGCAAUGUGUUGCAACAGUCUGCUAAUUCACUCAACUACUUGAGCAGCCAUGACACAGUCACUGGUAUCAAAACCAACAACAUUGGAUGGAUGGAAAUGACACAUCAGAAUUCUGGAGUACAAGAGUCCAUGGGGAAACCAUUCGUAAGAUCGUGGAAUCAAUAA